GUAAUGGUGGUUGUGGUGGUGGUAGUGCUGCUGCUGGUGAUUCCCAGAAGGAGUGGCAUCAACAGAGCGGGCAGGGGAGGAGACGUGAGAGGGGGAGGUGGGGACUGGAUCAGGGAUGAUGGAUGAGGUGAGCAAGCUGCCGAAGAUGGGAGCGGAGCCGGGCGCGGCCCUGCUGAGGCGAGCCGUGAAGAAGAAGGACGAGCCCUGGUUGGGCUCGCUCUCUAGCCAGAUCUCCCCGCCCAUCACGUGCACCAGGCUAGGGGGUGUGGGCGGGGGAGGGGAAGAGAAGACAAGGAUUGGUGGAGCAAAAGGAAGGACGAUGAGCCCUGGCUGGGCUCGCUCUCCAACCAGAUCUCCCCCCACAUCAUGUGCACCAGGCUGUGAGGGGGGGGGAGUGGGGGAGGGGAGCUGGACAAAGGGACAGCGCAGUCAGCCCAUCCUCUACCACCCGUGAUCUUCCCUCUAACACCCCUGACCUUCCCUCCUCUUCCACCCCUGACCUUCCCUCCUCUACCACUCCUGAUCCGGGCCCGGGCCCGGGUACCUGCACUUGCUCCGACGUGCAUCAUUCUUAAGACGUGGGCUAUGGGACGAGGAAGUGAGGACCCGUAAGAGAGCAAGAAAGGAGAAGCCGGGACAUAGGAGGGUGAGCAGAGGGCUAGCCAGACUCGAGAAUGGGGUAGAACAUAAAUGUUUUAGGGGGAAUUGGAGAAGGGGCAUGGCCUCCAAGAAGGGCGUGUGAAGGUGAUGGACUUCACGAAGGGUCGUAAGGGAGGCAAGAACCAUGGGGCAGGAGAUACACGGGAAGGAGGGAACACUGUGACAAAGACAGGAGGCAGGGGAAAGGGAUUAGCUGGUAAACUGGUGAGGAUAUCCAUGGGGGUGGCUGUACUCAGGGAGGAUAAGGACUUGUUGCAGAAUGGACAUACAUGAUUACUGAUGGUAUUAGGUUCACACUGCUGCAGCUAUCAACCUAUCUGGCUGCCGGCAAUCGACAAACCACUG